GCUACUCCUGGGUGGGGGAGGGGCUGGCGGCGGCACGGCGGCCAUCUUGAGCCAGGGGCCCGCACUGCGGAGGCCGGGGCUCACGGAAGGAGGCCCCGCGGGCAGGGCAGAGCGCGCUGGGCAGGGCGACUGGGACCCGCCCCCGCAGGGUCCCGAGAGCCAGAGGCAGAGGCAGUGUGAGGAGCGCGGCGGUGCCCGCCCCGCCAGGCCUCGCGCCCGCCUGCCCGGCGGCCAGCACGCGCCCCAGCCCGGCCAGCCGACCAGGCCGCGGCCCUGCGCGGCGGCGCCAUGCGGCUCACCCUCGAGGCCGGGCCGCAGCUCACCUUCCACAUCGACAUUGACCCCGGCCAGACGGUGAGGGCCCUCAAGGAGAAAAUUGAAGCCGAGCAGGGCAGAGAUGCCUUUCCGGUAGCGGGGCAGCAGCUCCUUUAUGCGGGCCGCGUCCUCCCGGACGACGCUGUGCUCAGAGACUGUCAGAUCCACGAGCACCACGCUGUGACGGUCCUGGUGGCCAGACCCGAGGCGGCGACCACAGCAGCACCGGCCACGGCCACGGCCACAGCCACAGCUGGGCAGUCCCAUCCUGCCACCGCGGCAUCGGCUGGUGCUGGGGCCCCAGCCCGCGGCCCUGCCUUGCCCGCCGCGCCUGCCACCUCCACGCGUGCCACGUCCGCGCCUGCCACCUCCACGCGUGCCACACCUGCACCUGCCUCUGCGUCAGCAUCCAGUACAGCGUCGGCUCAGCCUUCACCUGCUGGUGCACCUCAAGCUGCAGGGCAGCAGGCAGGCCCGCCAGGGGCUCCAAGCCCCACACCAGAUGACGCCAUCGCGGGACCCUCCUCUCGGGCCCAGCCGUCUGAGCAGGCAGCAAGGCUGACACGUCCGGCUUCCGAGCAAAUGGUCGCCGAGAUCGUGUCCAUGGGCUACGAACGGGAGCAGGUCCUUGCAGCCCUGAGAGCCAGCUUCAACAACCCUCACAGAGCCGUGGAGUAUCUUUUAAUGGGACUCCCCGGAGACAGGGCAAGUGCGGCCGAGGUCGAGCCCCCUCAAGCCGGUAGCAGCGGAGCUGGUCGUGAAGAAGCUGGCCAUGAAGGAGGAGGAGUGGACAGCGCGGGAACCGAAGAAGCAUCAACAGGAGAUGGCAGCUAUGUGGAAGUAACACCCCAGGAAUUGGCAGCUAUAGAGAGGUUGAAGGCUUUGGGCUUUCCUCAGGGACUUGUGGUUGAAGCAUAUUUUGCUUGUGAGAAGAAUGAGGAGUGGGCUGCCAAUUUUCUGCUCGAGCAGGACUUGGAGGAGGACUGAAAGGGACUCUCCUGUGGCUCACAUUUCAUGCCAUUUGUUAACGCUGACUUUGUCUCCUACCGCGUCUUGGAUGACUUGGCCUUAGGUUCACCAUACUUGGCAUCAGAACUAGAUGUUGGGGCAGGGGCGGGAGUCACACGUUGCAGGGUGGGGAGAGAUACCCUGCCUGGCUGCUUCAACCAGCAGGUGCCUCAAAUCCACACAGUGUGCAGAGUAGGCUGCCACCCACCAGCAGCCAUUGCAGGUCCUCAUUUCUCCUGUGAAGCACCAACUAACCUUUUCUUAGUUUCCCUUCAAGUGACUGCUGUCCCUCUUCUUUAUUUCUUUAUUCUGACUUACAUAAAACACUAAAUAACUUUAUUUGGGUUUCCCUGUGUUCAGUCAAGUCAGCCACAGCUGUAUCCAGACUAGUUGUUGCCUUGGUUUCUAUUUAUGUCACAUUGGUUUUGGAAACCCUCUCCACUCUCUAGACUGUAAGGUCUCUGUUUCAUGGCAAUACUAAGGAAUGGCUUUGUGUAAUUGCCAAAAAUGUUACAGCAUCUACAAGCAGUAUUGUCAGAUUAUUGAUGGUUAUUGCUGCUUCAUGUAGGUAUGAAAUUAAAUAUGUUAUGAGGCCUGUUCUUUCAUGUGACCUACCUGGGGUGGGUAAGGAGAGAAAGGAACCUGUUCUUCAUAUGAGAAUAUUUACUGUUAUCUUAAAAGUUCUUUAUUAUUGAGUUGAAUGUGAGUUCUUUUUUAACUGAUUCAGGAGAGUAAACAUGUAUAGACAGUGAUUUUGCUUUUAGUAUUUUUUUAAAAUGAGGAUGUGGCUAAUA